UCAGCCAAUCGCAUCGCUCGUUGUUGGGGAACCCGCACGCCGAGGAGAGAGCUCCGUGCUGCCGUCAACAGGAGGAAGGAGGAUGCCGCAGACAAAGAAAUCCAGAAUCGCUCCGGCCCAAGGUGGAGCCCCAGUAGACCCGGUGGAGGUCCAGGCGGCAGGUGGAGGAGAAGAGGACAAUGUUGGAGACGACGACAUCGUCAAGUCCCCCAGUGACCCCAAACAGUACAGGUACCUCGUGCUGGACAACGGCCUGCGAGCGCUGCUCAUCUCAGACUACAGCAGUGCAGCUGAGGACGACGAGGGGGAGGAGGAGGAGGAAGAGGAGGAUGAUGAGGAUGAAUCUGGAGAUGAAACUGAGGAAGAGGACGACGAUGACUACGGGAGGGGCAGCGACGACGACGAGGGGAAGAAGAAGAAGAAGAAUUCAGAGAAGCAGUCGGCAGCGGCGCUGUGUGUCGGCGUGGGCAGCUUCAGCGACCCCGGCGACCUCCCCGGCCUCGCUCACUUCCUGGAGCACAUGGUGUUUAUGGGCAGCCAGAAGUACCCCUCAGAAAACGGCUUUGACUCGUUCCUGAAGAGGCACGGCGGCAGCGACAACGCCUCCACCGACUGCGAGAGGACCGUCUUCCAGUUCGACGUCCAGAGGAGGGGCUUCAAGGAGGCGCUCGACAGGUGGGCUCAGUUCUUCAUCUGCCCGCUGAUGAUCCGCGACGCCAUCGACCGCGAGGUGGAGGCUGUGGACAGCGAGUUCCAGCUGGCGAAGCCGUCGGACUCCCAGAGGAAGGAGAUGCUGUUUGGCAGUUUGGCCAAACCCGGACACCCUAUGGGCAAAUUCGGCUGGGGCAACGCCAAGACGCUGAAGCACGAGCCGAAGAAGAAGAAGAUCAACGUGUACAAGCGUCUGCGGGCCUUCUGGAAGAAGCACUACUCGGCCCACUACAUGACGCUGGCCGUGCAGUCCAAAGAGAAGCUGGACACUCUGGAGGAGUGGGUGAGAGAGAUCUUCAGCAAGGUGCCCAACAACGAUCGAGCCAAGCCAGACUUCUCUGCUCUGCUGGAUCCCUUCGACACGCCGGCCUUCACCCGGCUCUACAGGGUCGUCCCCGUAGGGAAAGUUCACGCUUUGAACAUCACCUGGGCCCUCCCCCCCCAGGGGGACCAGUACAGGGUGAAACCUCUCCACUACAUCUCCUGGCUGAUUGGCCAUGAGGGCUCGGGCAGCAUCCUGUCGGUGCUCAGGAAGAAGUGCUGGGCCUUGGCUUUGUUCGGAGGCAACAGUGAAACCGGCUUCGACCAGAACACCACCUACUCCAUCUUCUCCAUCUCCAUCACGCUCACGGACCUCGGCUUACAGAACUUCUACGAGGUGACUCACCUGGUGUUCCAGUACCUAAAGAUGCUGCAGACACUCGGACCACAGCAGAGAGUCUAUGAGGAGAUCCAGAAGAUCGAAGCCAACGAGUUCCUCUACCAGGAGCAGGUGGACCCUCUGGACUAUGUGGAGGAUCUCUGUGAGAACAUGCAGCUGUUCCCCAGAGAACACCUGCUGACCGGAGACCAGCUGCUGUUCCACUUCCAGCCACAGGUGAUCAGUGCCGCUCUGGCCCUCCUCACCCCCGACCGAGCCAACCUGAUGCUGUUGUCCCCGGAGCACGAGGGCCGCUGCCCCCUCAGGGAGGCGUGGUUCGGCACACACUACAGCGUGGAGGACGUCCAGCAGCAGUGGGCGGAGCAGUGGACGACAGGGAACCUGCAGCUCAACGCUGAGCUCUCUCUUCCGGCCGAAAACAAGUUCAUCGCCACCGAUUUCAGCCUGAAGCCGUCCGACCGCCCCGACUCAGAGUUUCCUCUCCGGAUAGUCCACAGUGACCUAGGCUGCCUGUGGUACAAGAAGGACACGGCCUUCCACAUCCCUAAGGCCUACAUCAGGUUCCACUUGAUUUCUCCUGUGAUCCAGAAAUCUGCUAAGAACGUGGUCCUGUUUGACCUGCUGGUGAACAUCCUGGGUCAUGACCUCUCGGGUCCGGCCUAUGAGGCUGAAGUCGCUCAGCUGGAGUACAAACUGAGAGCCGGAGAGCACGGCCUGGAGCUGACGGUGAAGGGCUUCAACCACAAGCUGCCUCUGCUGUUCCACCUGAUCGUGGACCACCUGGCCAGCUUCUCCUCGUCUCCCGCUGUGUUCAACAUGUUCUGUGAGCAGCUCAAGAAAACCUACUACAACAUCCUCAUCCGGCCGGAGAAGCUCGGGAAAGAUGUGCGCCUCCUGGUCCUGGAGCACUCCCGCUGGUCCAUGGUGCAGAAGUACGAGGUUCUGUCUGCCGGUCUGACCAGCGACGACUUGAUGGACUUCAGCCGGUGCUUCCGGUCCGAGCUGUACGCCGAGGGUCUGGUCCAGGGCAACAUCAGCGCCGCCGAGUCUGAGCAGUUCCUCCAUUACAUCACCGAAAAGUUGCAGUUCUCCAAGCUGCCAGUAGAGGUGCCGGUGAUGUUCCAGGUGGUGGAGCUACCUCUGGAGCGCCACAUCCUGAAGGUCAAGUCCCUCAACAAGGGAGACGCCAACUCUGAGGUCACCGUCUACUACCAGUCCGGCCCAAAGCUCCUGAGGGAACACACCCUGGUGGAGCUGUUGGUGAUGCACAUGGAGGAGCCCUGCUUUGACUUCCUCCGGACCAAAGAGACUCUUGGGUACCACGUUUAUCCCACCUGCAGGAAUACCUCCGGUGUUCUGGGGUUCUCUGUCACCGUGGAAACGCAGGCCACCAAGUUCAACACGGAGGAGGUGGAGCUGAAGAUUGAAGAGUUCCUGUCCUCCUUUGGGGAGACGCUGUCGUCCCUCUCUGAGGACGCCUUCAGGACCCAGGUGACGGCCCUGGUGAAGCUGAAGCAGUGUGAGGACACACACCUGGGGGAGGAGGUGGACAGGAACUGGGCCGAGGUGGUUACGCAACAGUUUGUGUUCGACAGGCUCAACAGAGAGAUCGAGGCUCUGAAGCUGAUGAGCCACCAGGAGCUCGUCUCCUGGUUCAAGGAGCACCGAGGAGGCAGCGGGCGGAAACUCAGUGUGCACGUGGUGGGGUUUGGUGCUAAAGAGCAGGAUGAGGAGGAGGAGGAGGAGGAGGACGACGACAACGGCGGCGGUGAGAAACGAGAAGGAGCGGCGUGCCGAGAGGAGGACCUAAGCUUCGCCUCCUCCUACGGCGAGGUGUCGAAGCUCACCUUCCUGCCUGCCUCGCCCAAGAUGGCGGGCGCCGUCACCAUCAUGGACAUCGCUGCGUUUGUGGAAGACCUGCCGCUCUUCCCCUACCACAAGAUCCUCCAAUGAACACACACACGCACACACACUCACACACACACAGUGACUAUAGAGUUUCCCUUUUUUAGCCGAGUGGUCCUUUCCUGCCUUCCUUACACGUGACUGUGCUCUCCUCAGACAGCAGGGGGCGCUCUCCUCUCUCCCUCACAGACUGAAAGAACCUUCUGGAUUAAAAUGUUCAUUUAUUGGGUUUAAUAUUGUUUUUAAAGAGCUGUGAAAGCUGCAGAGAAUAAACCAAUGAGAGGAAACAUGCUUCAAUCUA